GACGCUAGGCACCGGCUGGGCUCGGCGAGGCCGCGCAAGAGAGCGCGCGUCCGUCGGGUUCUCGCGCGGGGCUGGUGCGGCGCCGCUCGGGGCUGCGGGAACCUGGUAGCGCGGCUGCAUCCUUGGCGAGGCCGGGAGGAACCGAGCGGAAGGACGAGCCGAGGACUGAGGUUGAUACUUGCUCGACUCUUGGUGUUCUUCAUUUUCGUUCUAUGAGGAAAUCCUUUUCCUCCACCUCUCUCGAGUCUUGAUCCUGCCAGAGGGUAGACUUGGUGAACAAGAUUUUGCAAGCCUCUGCAAGUCCACCAGUCACUGAACGCCACACUUCCUCGCAAGCUCUAUGUAAGAUUAGCAAUGUGCUCUACUCAGAGGGACUAUGCCUGACCAGCAUGGCUCUUCCUGAAGCAUGUGGGAUCUUAACUCCCCAACCAAGGAUUGAACCUGCACCCCCUGCAUUGGAAGGCAAAGUCUUAACCACUGGACCGCCAGGGAAGUCCCUCGGCUAAGUACUAUAGAGUGAGUGUCUUAGGUCUCAGCUAACUGGACAAUGGCAGUUGAGUAGGUUUUGAAAAAUGUCUGAAGUUUAAUGGACUGCAUCUACCUUCUGCCUUUUCCCCAUCCUUUACAAAAGAAUAAAUGGGAUGUUUGAGAAGAGAGCUGUAUUAAAAGAAGAGUGUUACAAAUGGCUUCAGAACCUGUGAAUGCAAAACAAGCUAGGAAUCACUUCACAAAGGGGAAAAGGCAACAGCACCAGCAAAUAAAGAACAGAUCUUCACUUGGUGAUGGUGAUGGAGAAGACUCCUUUAUCUUUGAAGCAAAUGAAGCUUGGAAAGAUUUUCAUGGUUCUCUUCUUCAGUUUUAUGAAAAUGGAGAACUCUGUGAUAUCACAUUGAAGGUUGGCUCAAAGCUAAUCUCUUGUCACAAACUGGUAUUGGCUUGUGUUAUUCCCUACUUCAGAGCUAUGUUUCUCUCUGAAAUGGCUGAAGCCAAGCAAACACUGAUUGAGAUCAGAGAUUUUGAUGGUGAUGCAAUAGAAGACUUGGUAAAAUUUGUCUAUUCUUCACGACUCACUUUGACUGUUGACAAUGUCCAGCCUCUCUUAUAUGCAGCCUGUAUUCUACAGGUUGAACUGGUGGCUAGAGCUUGUUGUGAAUACAUGAAGUUACAUUUUCAUCCCUCCAAUUGUCUGGCAGUAAGAGCCUUUGCAGAAAGUCACAAUCGAAUAGACUUAAUGGACAUGGCAGAUCAGUAUGCCUGUGAGCAUUUUCCUGAAGUGGUGGAGUGUGAAGACUUUGUAAGUGUGUCACCCCAGCAUCUCCAUAAGCUUUUGUCCUCCAGUGAUCUAAAUAUUGAGAAUGAAAAGCAGGUCUAUAGUGCAGCCAUCAAGUGGCUUCUUGCCAAUCCUCAGCAUCAUUCCAAAUGGUUGGAUGAAACACUUGCACAGGUUCGUUUGCCGCUGUUGCCGGUUGAUUUUCUUAUGGGUGUUGUGGCAAAAGAACAGAUUGUCAAACAAAAUCUAAAAUGUAGAGAUUUAUUGGAUGAAGCAAGAAAUUACCACCUUCACUUGAGUAGCAGAGCAGUACCUGACUUUGAAUACUCCAUUCGGACUACCCCAAGGAAACAUACUGCUGGUGUGCUAUUUUGUGUAGGUGGUCGAGGUGGAUCGGGUGACCCCUUUCGCAGUAUCGAAUGCUAUUCUAUCAACAAAAACAGUUGGUUCUUUGGACCAGAAAUGAACAGUCGAAGGCGACAUGUGGGUGUAAUCUCAGUGGAAGGUAAAGUGUAUGCAGUGGGUGGACAUGAUGGAAAUGAGCAUUUAGGUAGUAUGGAGAUGUUUGAUCCUCUCACUAAUAAAUGGAUGAUGAAGGCAUCAAUGAACACAAAGAGGCGAGGAAUUGCCUUGGCCUCCUUGGGAGGCCCAGUUUAUGCAAUUGGAGGGUUAGAUGACAACACUUGCUUCAAUGAUGUUGAGAGAUAUGACAUAGAGUCUGAUCAGUGGAGUACAGUGGCACCAAUGAAUACUCCCCGUGGAGGAGUUGGCUCUGUGGCUCUUGUGAACCAUGUUUAUGCAGUAGGUGGCAAUGAUGGAGUAGCUUCUCUGUCUAGUGUGGAGAGGUAUGAUCCACAUCUCGAUAAAUGGAUAGAAGUUAAAGAAAUGGGUCAGCGAAGAGCAGGCAAUGGAGUUAGUGAGCUCCAUGGUUGCUUAUAUGUUGUUGGUGGUUUUGAUGAUAAUUCUCCUCUGAGUUCAGUUGAGCGGUAUGAUCCUCGAAGCAACAAGUGGGAUUAUGUAGCAGCCCUUACCACUCCCAGGGGUGGAGUGGGGAUCGCAACAGUGAUGGGCAAAAUCUUUGCAGUUGGUGGUCAUAAUGGCAAUGCAUACUUAAAUACGGUAGAAGCAUUUGAUCCAGUGGUGAACAGGUGGGAGCUUGUUGGAUCUGUGUCUCACUGCAGAGCUGGAGCAGGUGUAGCUGUGUGUGCCUGUUUAACUAGCCAAAUUCGAGAUGUAGGUCAUGGGUCCAGUAAUGUGGUUGACUGUAUGUGACUUGAGUUCCAGCCACCAACAAUUUAAUAACAUCUGAUAGGCAAGAAAGACUACCAGGAUUUUGUAAUGGCCACCUUUGAACAGUUUUAACUACUACUAGAGUCUCAUUUAAAUGUAAACUGUUGUAUUGCGACUAAGUGCAACUUUUGAAAUGGUAGCUGAAACUACUAGUAAUAAAGUUGAUACUUCCCACUUUAACAAAUAAUGAAGUAGGGAAGGAAGACACUCUAACCUGAAACCAUAUCUCCUCCAAAAUAAAUGUGUUUAAAGGAGUGCCAAAACCUUGAAAUUCCUUUUUUUUAAAAGUGUGGAUGAAUCAAAAUGUAAAAUGAAGUCAUUUGCUGAGCUUUACCUUUUGCCUAAAGGUGUUAACCUUAGGCAGUGGAUUUUUUCUAGAGGGGAGAUUGGAACCUAUUCAUCAACACAAGGAUAUCAGGACACAUAACAGACCUGCUCCAUUUGAAGAUCUUUUCUACUUGGUGCUGAUGAAUUUAUGCCUUGCUUUUUUCUAGGUGUUGAGUUUUCAAUUCCUUGGAUAUUUACAGAAAUAGGAAAAAUGUUUCAUCUUUCUGAGUGCCCUUUGGUUGUGUUUUCAGAAGCUUAUAGGAAUGCUGUAGGAAGCCCUUAAUUUCAGUUUGAAUUGUUAGGACACCAAAAGAUCUAACUGAACUAAUUCCCUCUGAAUGAAUCUGCAGUUUUAUUUUUUCAUUGCAUGCCGAAAGGAUUUGUUUCAUAAUCAAAAAUUGAACCAGAGGGGAUAUUAGAGAAGAAAGCUUUAAAGUCGACAUUAUUCUAGUGCCCAUUCGAGAGCCUUGAGAGGGGAUGGUGUCCAUUACAUGACUCCCUAAUGAGGAGACUCCAAAAAUAUGUUUAACGCUCUUCUUUGAUUUAGUCAUUUCAUUUUGAACCCAAGAUUUAUUAUCUUUCUAUUUUGCUAUUUGCCACCAUCAUAGUUUUUCUAAACUGUACAGAGUCUGGAUUUAUUUAUUAUCAGAAAAUGAAUGCAUUUUUACAAAAACCCUUUAUAGACUGUAGUUGAACUGUUGAUUACUUCAAGUCCAUCAUUACCAAUAAAAGAUAUUGUAAAAAUGGAAAGAUUGAAACUGUUUUUCCUGUUAUAUUUAAUUCUCUCCAGUAUAUUUAUUGAACUUUAAUUGAAAAUAUUUCUUUACAUUACUUUAAAGCCCAGGAUAUUGAUACACCUACUGAUCUAACAGCUCUUCAUGGUUUUACCAGCAUUAUAAAGUGGCUUAUUUGUUAUAUGUAUAUAUUUUUAUAAAUAUUUAUGAAGAAUAUUAAAAUAUUAUAUUUUGUAUUUGCAGUGCAAGUUUGGUACCUCUCUUUUAGGCCUUCCUAAAUUUUCCUUUAGUCAUGCCUUAGAAUUUAGUAUAGUUUACUGCUGUCAGUCAUCUUGUUCACAAGGAAGCUGGGGCAGUGAAGAACACUAUUCCAUCUGUCCAGCCCUGAAGUUCAUUGCCUAGUAGCUGUGAUGGUCCUUAUUAAAUGGCAACCUAGGCUUGUCAGUACAGUAAGGCAGAAGGCCACGUUACAAAAGCCAGUGCCUUGGGUAUAUUAGAUCAAAAAAAAAAGAAAAAGUUGUAAGUGGGCUCAGCUAGCAGAUAAAGGUCUAUCGUGAAGCAGAUUUAAAUGUUCCCAGUUUUUUGCUGUCACCCUGUGGGCAAGUCCGUAAGUCAUUGCUGGAUCUAAACCAGUGUUCUCUUGUACAAUUGUAACCGUAUUUCAGUCAAUCCCAAAAGCAUUUAACUCCGUAGCACUCAGUGGACUGGCUACAACUGGCUGGAUGUGGAGAAUAAGGCUCAAAACCUGGCUUCAGCUAUUUCUUAUGUCUAAUGGAGUUCUUGUAUUAUAAUGCUUGUCUAGGUAUGGUUACUAGUGUGUUACAUGUAUUUUGUGUGGGGGAGGGGAUCUUUUAUUCUUUCUAAGAUUAUUUAAAAUGUUUUUUUCUUUAACAUAUUUCUGCCUUUGUCAUGUGUAUAGCAUUUAGGAACAUAAAGGUGUUACAUUUCCAUUACUGGUUUUAUCUAUACAGUAGUCAUCUAACAUUACUAAGUUGGUACCCUAGCUACCCAUAAAGUACGAACUACUCAUAAGGGAAGUAAAGUGAAGUAAAUGGAA